AUGAAGCAAGCUCAGAGUGACAGCUGUCGAGCAAGCCUCCAUUUUCAGCCUGCUAGCCGUCACCACCGAUUGGCAAGUCAGGAAUUUUUCUACAUUCAAAUGGAGAAAUACGCCCGACAAUCAAUUGGUGAAGGAUGCAAACACCCAGAUGACCUUAACGUUACAACUGAUUCUGAACUUUACCGUGUCCUAAAUCUGCACUACAACCGCAACAACCAGAUUGAGGUUCCAGAGAGUUUCCGUAUGGUGGUGCAGGCAACACUUCGUGAGUUCUACAAAUCCAUUGUGGCUAAUAAAGACAGCGAACCCUCCUGGAAGAAAUCGAUCUACAAAGUGAUAGCACGCCUUGACGACACUCUCCCCGAGUAUUUCAAGUCACCAAACUGGAUGGACCAACUUGGGGAUAUGUGAUUGCAGGAAAAAUGUUUGAG